AUGGUUAAAGUUCUUUUGACUGGAGGCAGUGGCUUCAUCGCCGCCCACAUUGUGGACAUUCUGCUACAGCAUGGUUUUGAUACAGUUGUUACUGUUCGAUCGGAGGAGAAGGGCAAACGGAUAAUUGAGGCUCACCCUGAUGUGUCGAAGGAGAAGCUCUCUUACGUGAUUGUCAAAGAUGUAGCUAAGGAUGGUGCAUUUGAUGAGGUUAGCCGUCAAAUCAAGCCCCCCUUUGACUAUGUUCUCCAUACCGCAUCCCCUUUCCACUUCAAUGUUCAGGACCCUGUGAAAGACUUCCUUGACCCGGCCAUCAAGGGAACGACCGGUAUCUUGAAGGCAAUCAAAGAAUAUGCCCCUACCGUGAAGCGAGUGGUCAUCACAUCAUCUUACGCUGCUAUGGUGAACGGCAAGCAGCACCCCAAGGUCUACAGUGAGAAAGAAUGGAAUCCGUUGACAUGGGAGGAGGCGAUGGACCACUCGCAAGUUUACCGUGGUAGCAAGACUUUUGCGGAGAAAGCAGCUUGGGCCUUUGUCGAGAAGGAGAAGCCAAAUUUCGAUAUUGCUACCAUAAAUCCACCACUGGUGUUUGGCCCGAUCGUUCAUUAUCUCAACUCUCUUGAGACUAUCAACACUUCAAACCAGCGCAUCAGGAACCUCAUUCAGGGUCAAAUGAAGGAGAAAAUAGCCCCAACGGGCAACUUCCUGUGCGUAGAUGUGCGUGAUGUGGCCCUCGCACAUGUCAGAGCCAUUGAAGUUCCCGAAGCAGGCGGCGAGAGAUUCUUUGUCACCACUGGCUUCUUCUCGAACAAGGAACUUGCAGAUAUUAUUCGCGAGACUCACCCCCAGUUAGAGUCUAAGCUACCCCCUGCAGAUGCUCCCAGCGACUUCCCGGGAAACAUCUUUGGGAUUGACAACAAUAAGUCGCAAAGGGUCCUUGGGCUCAAAUAUCGCCCACUGAAGCAAACAGUGUCAGACACCGUUGAUUCUCUUCUAGCUGUUGGUGUUUAA